CUCCCACGUCGACCUCUAAAGAAAUACGUUACGUGUCAAACCACUGUUCGCGAAGAAUGCAUCCUUAUCGAAUUCGUUAAAGCCGGCAAACCCCAGCCCUUUCUCGCUACACCAAACUUCGACAGCGAUGUGGAACUCGCCCGCUCCCGAGACUCCGGUCUUCAACAACUUUCUCUCAGGCCUGCAGGAGAUCAUCCGGGCCCGCGAUGGCGCAAAACUUCAGGACUUUCUGCAGCUCGAACCUCCCCUGGCGCCGAUCUACAACCAGAUGGUCGAUGAGUUGCGGCAUGCCUAUCCCAGUGCCUCUGGCAAAGACGAACGCCUGCUGGCCAAAUGCGAAUCCCUGCUGCCCGCUUCGGCAUCGACAAGCCCUUGGAACGCGUUCCCGUUGUUUAUGCGGUUGUACUUUACGUUCUUGAGGGAUGUCAACCUGGAUAAUCUACUGGAGACUUAUGAAUUGCUGAGAACCCUGUUGAACCAGUGUAUCGUCGCGCUCGGCGACAGCCAGUAUGGCGUUAUUCUCCUCCCAACCGUCCUGUACCUCUGCAAGGUUCUCGCAAAGUUCGCAAUCGGCCUUGACCGUCGACCAGAACUUAUUGCCCACCUGUUACGCGAAGGAGCCGACGCGGAGGGUGCGACGGAGAAGGUUACACUUGUGGAAAAGUCGGCCAAUGUUGUCAGAGAGGCGUUUAUCAGGUGCUUAACAGACCGUACCGGGACUCUGGGCAGACCAGAAGGAAAGAGAAUAGGCAUUUACCUCCUGGCGAACCUGUGCCUGAAGCUCUUGUUCAAGUGCGGCAAGCUCCGGAAUGCCGAACAGAUGUUCGCGAGUAUCAACGCACAGUCCCCUCCGCUCUCCUAUUUUCCUGCCUCGCAGAGAGUCACUUACCUCUACUACCUCGGGCGAUACCUCUUUUCCAACAACCUCUUCUACCCAGCACAAACCGCAUUGCAAUCUGCAUACGACCAAUGCCACAAGCAAGCCGUGAGCCAGCGACGUUUGAUUCUGACAUACCUAAUCUCGUGCAAUAUUAUCCUCGGACGGUUUCCUUCCAUGACCCUUCUCCAGAGACCCGAAUGCGACGGACUCGGCGAGAGAUUCGUACCAUUGUGUCAAACCAUUGCGCGUGGCGAUGUCCCUGCAUUCCGUGAACACCUCGCGGUGGAUUCAACUAACGCGGGUUGGUUUGCACAAAAGGGAAUAUUAUUGCAACUUCGAAAUCGAUGCGAAAUCUUGGUCUGGCGUUCGCUGGCGCGAAAAGUUUUUAUCUUUGCCGGCUUUCAUGGCAAUCCAAAUGCACAAUCGCAAAGAGGUCCCCCGCCUUUCCUCUAUUUACACAAAUUUGAAGCCGCCAUCCAAUGGCUAGAGUCCCGGGCAAAGCAGCAGCGCCAGGUUGCAGCCGCGAGGAAAAGAGACUCCGGCGGUGAGCUUAUCUCCUUCCCCGCGGAUUCCGAUUUCAACGACGGUGCUUCCAAUGGUGAUAAUCUAGCCAGGGAUUCGAAUUGCGACGACUACAUAAAUCCUGCCGGGUAUUUUGACUCGUCGGGCGAAUGGGUUGAUGUCAAUAACCCACGGGAUCUGCCUGAGCCCGAUCUACACGACUCUCACCUGAUAGAUGACGGCUCCGGGGAAACGUUUGCCUAUAUCGUCAGCACUGAGCAAGACAUCGAAACCACCGACCCAGAAGGUCCAUCACCCCUCAUGCGUGAUCUAGAAUGUAUACUCGCUUCUCUCCUCAACCAAGACCUCAUGCGUGGGUACCUUACGCACAAGAAUCCACGAUACGCUAUCCCCGGGUCACGGGUGAAAGGUGCACUUCCAACAGGAUUUCCGAAUGUCUGGCAAACCAUCUACGCUCGAGAGAACGAAGAUGACCAGGUUCCCGGUUGGGUCAAACCGCCAAAUCCGUUCUCCGGAAGGGCCAGCGGUGCCUCUGCGGGAAUGGGCGGUCGAGUGGUCAAUCUGAGCGGUGCGAAGCCUAUCAGUGCCAUGACUGGAUAAAGAUGGCCCCUUACGGAGAGGAAGAUUGGUCCACAAGUUCUUACAUCGUGCGAUGUGGGUAGAUCCGAUUGGGCGUGAAAAUGGUGUUCCUGCAUACGACACUCUGCAUCUCUUCAAGGCGAACGUGGAAAUUGCAUAGCGUGGAUGAUACCC